AUGGUUGUCAAGGUUGGCAUCAACGGCUUCGGUCGUAUUGGUCGUAUCGUCUUUCGAAACGCUGUCCUACACGACGAUGUCAACGUUGUCGCUGUGAACGAUCCUUUCAUUGAGCCAAAAUAUGCUGCCUACAUGCUGAAGUAUGACUCUCAGCACGGUCAGUUCAAGGGUACCAUCGAGGUCAAAGAGGAUGGUCUUACAGUCAACGGCAAAGAAGUCAAGUUCUACAUGAAGAAAGACCCAGCUGAGAUCCCAUGGUCCGAGACCGGCGCAUACUACAUUGUCGAGUCAACUGGUGUCUUCACCACCACCGACAAGGCAUCCGCUCACUUGAAGGGUGGUGCAAAGAAGGUUGUCAUCUCUGCUCCUUCUGCCGAUGCUCCUAUGUUCGUCAUGGGUGUCAACAACGAAGACUACAAGUCCGAUAUCCCAGUCAUCUCGAACGCCUCUUGCACGACCAACUGCCUGGCACCUCUUGCAAAGGUCAUCAACGACACAUUCGGCAUGAAGGAGGGGCUAAUGACCACAAUCCACUCAUAUACUGCCACACAAAAGACUGUCGAUGGCCCUUCGGCAAAGGACUGGCGAGGAGGUCGAACUGCUGCACAAAACAUCAUUCCAUCAAGCACUGGUGCCGCCAAGGCUGUCGGAAAGGUUAUCCCAAGCUUGAACGGCAAGCUCACCGGUAUGUCGAUGCGCGUUCCCACCUCGAACGUCUCCGUUGUCGACCUUACCUGCGUACUCGAGAAGCCAGCCAGCUACGACGAUAUCAAGAAGGCAAUCAAGGAUGCUUCCGAGGGCAAGUUGAAGGGUAUCCUUGCCUACACAGAUGACGAGAUCGUCAGCACUGAUCUCAACGGUGACAACCACUCUUCUAUCUUCGAUGCCAAGGCUGGUAUCGCAUUAAACGACCACUUUGUCAAGCUUGUGUCAUGGUAUGAUAACGAAUGGGGCUACUCGCGAAGAGUUCUUGAUCUCCUAGCAUACAUUGCCAAGGUUGACGGAAACGCUUAA